GCCAAAGGACAGUGUACAGACUGACCCUGGUGAAAGAGUGGAACACUGAAGAACUGGAGGCAUAUGCAUCACUGGUGUCAAAGGGUGUUCCAGACUUUAUUGAGAUUAAUGUUACAUGAGGCAUUCGUUGUACAGGGAGGCUCAAAGAGUAGUGGAGUGGUUUCACUGUUGUGGUGUGACCUACUGUGGUGAUUCCAAAGCAUCCAAUCUGACAAUGUCCAACGUACCCUGGCACGAAGAGGUGGUGAAUUUUGUACAAAGGUUUGCUGUCAUGCUCCCUAACUACGAGGUUGCUUGUGAGCAUGAACACUCAAACUGUGUUCUCAUUGCACACAAGAAGGUUUUGUGCAAUUCUCAGUUUAAAGUUGAUGGAAGAUGGCACACGUGGAUAGACUUUGACAAAUUCAUUGAAUUGAAUAAUGCCUUCAUGAAUUCAUGGGAGACACAGAUGUUCUCAGCGGUGGAUUACAUGGCAUUGACUCCAGACUGGGCCAUGUUUGGUCAUCCUCAACAGGGGUUUGACCCCAGUGAGACACGUUGGCAUCAGAAGAAACCCAAGGAAGAUAUUGGAGGAUACUAGCCUAUCUGUUUAGUGCUCCACUGCUAUAAUUGGUGAAUUCAUAUUAAAUCUUUCC